AUGUUCCUUCGCUGGAUCCUCCUCCGCCUUCUCUCCGUCCUCCUCCCGCUGGCAAUAACAUCCAGUCUCUACCUCUACCUCUACCCCGUGUUCCAUCGCUGCGCGUUCCCUCUCCCAGGCGACAGCAAUGGCGGCCCAAUAUCCCGUUCGUUCAUAGACACGCUGCGCCAGCACCUCGUCCCGCAGUAUGCAGGCGACCCGGCCAUCUUCCGGCUGCUGGUGUUGGCCGACCCCCAACUGGAAGGGGACAGUUCGCUGCCGAAACCUGAAAACGAACUCACGGCGCGCGUUCAACAUCACUGGAGCACGGUGAAAUCGGCACUCAACGAGACGCAGUCCCCCGUGCAUCGCCACGUCUACACCGCUCUCUCAACUGCGCUGCACACACUCGCGACGCACGACAUCCCUCGCGCCCUGCGUGCCGCCCGCAAACGCGUCGACCUCCUCGGCAACGAUUACUACCUGGCGCACAUCUAUCGCACGCUCUACUGGUGGAGCCGGCCUACGCAUGUCACCGUGCUGGGCGACCUGAUCGGGAGCCAGUGGGUGACGGACGGGGAGUUUGACCGGCGCGGUCGGCGAUACUGGGAUCGGGUGUUUAAGGGUGGCGAGCGGGUGCAUGACAAUAUCACCGUGUCCGGCGCAAGGGGAGAGGUAGAGGCAGAGAAGGGCGAGGAGGCGCUGGAGACGCUGGACGCGUCGCCCGACAACGCGUGGGCUCGGCGCAUCAUCAACGUCGUGGGGAACCAUGACAUUGGGUACGCCGGGGACGCGAACGAGGCGCGCAUGGAGCGGUUCGAGCGCAUGUUCGGCCGCGCGAACUGGGACGUCCGCUUCCAGCACCCGCCGCUGCAGCUGCCCGACAACAGCUCCGUCACGCCGACCCUGCACCUAAUCAACCUGAACACGCUGACGCUCGACUCGCCGGCGCUCUCCGCGCAGGUACAGGCGGAUAGCUACGCCUACGUCAACGACCUCAUUAUGAAGCGGUCGUACCCCGUCGAGGACCGGACGACGUUUACGCUACUGCUGACGCAUCUGCCGCUGCACAAGCCGGACGGCGUGUGCACCGACGGGCCGUACUUUUCGUUCUUCGACGCCGACGACGAGGACGGUCCGGACGAUGUGCCGCGCUUCAAGGCUGGUGGGCUCCGCGAGCAGAACCAUCUCAGCGAGGGGAUCAGUGCUACGGGCGUCUUGCAGGGGAUAUUUGGCAUGAGCGGCGAGGAGGAUGGUCCGGGCGGCGGAUGGGGACGCAACGGGCUUAUCCUCACGGGCCAUGAUCACACUGGCUGUGAUGUUGUUCACUACGUCGACAGGACCCCGGCCGAGGUUACGGAGACGUCUGAUGAAGAUGAGGAGGGCAAUGAGCGGGAGAAUGAGGCCAAGUCGUGGAGGUGGAAUGCGAGACGGUCCGACGAGCCAGCUCCCGAAUCGCGGACGCCCUCUAUUCGCGAGGUCACGCUUCGCUCUAUGAUGGGCGAAUACGGCGGGUAUGCCGGACUGCUUUCUCUGUGGUUUGACGCAGACCCGGCGGUGAACGAAUGGAGAUACGAGAUUACCAUGUGCUCUGCUGGAGUGCAGCAUAUCUGGUGGGCGGUGCAUGUUAUCGACUUGGUGACAGUCCUGCUGGUCGUGGUAUAUAGUGUCGUUGGAUCUGGAUCGACGCCGGUCAAGCGUCAACCAAGCCCUGGAGCUCAAGGCAAGGAAGCAAAGGCGGCACUUAUAAUGUACCACUAG